GUUGACGGAGGUGAGCAAAUUUCCUGGUGGAAAAAGGGUGGCUGAGCACGUUUUGACAGGCGCAAGUUCUUGGCCUCCCUUUCCUGCAACAACGAACCCAAACAUGCUUGAUUGGAAUUCCCUGUUGAAUACCUGCUCAGAGAUGUCGGGCUGCUCGCGAUACAGAGUGGCUCUCUAUUCAAAAAUGAUAUCCUCGCCACAUAUCUAUCUUGAUAUGGAUCGGAUACGGAAUAUUCCCUGUUGUCAAGGCGACUGAUUCUAAACAACCGCUCAUUCCCCAAGAUCAAGAGGGGCAAUAUCGCCAUCCCAUCCAAAGUCCAAGUCCUUACGAGCACCAUGCAAUCCUGUCCGUUGAAACUAAGAAUGGAUUAUUGUGGUUCGUGUCGACACGGUAGGAACGGCCUACCCUCUGUCCGAUUAACUCGCGACAUUCACUCAAACUGAGGAGGAUUUCUAACCGUGAUCCAAGGUACUGACUUGAGUCCUCCUCGGCGUCCGAACACGCAUACCUCGAGAUACCAGGGCGAAUUUGCCUUAUGGGUUGGCAAUAUUCCCCCAAACACCACCAUCAUGAGUCUGCGCGACUACUUCUCCGAACCUUCUCCGUGGGAUCUGCUCAGCGUCUCCUACAACCCGGACGCAAGAUACGCGUUCGUCAACUUCAGCGCCGAGUCUGCACGGCUUUCGGCCAUCCGGCAAGCAGCCUCUCGACUCUUUGAGGGGAGACGUCUGGACUGCCGCAUCCGCCACGAGUCGCGGGGCAGGUCAACCAAGGUCAACUACGGGCUCAACAACAAUGGCAACAAGGGGUUGCACAGCCGAUCAGGUCCCAUCUGCUGCGAUAGGGCGAAAAGUCUGCGGAGCAAGGUCGAGGAGUUCGCACAUUUCCCUGAGGCUGAGAGGUCAUCUUGGGGGAAGGAGAAGUAUUUCAUCCUCAAGAGCUUCUCGCUCGAGGCGCUCUACCAGAGCCUCGAGACUGGUCGCUGGCAUGUGCCAAAGCGGCACGUUGAGCGAUUGAACCAUGCCUUUCAGACAGCCAGCAAAGUUUACUUGAUCUUCUCCGUCAACGGCUCGGGCUGUUUCUUCGGCUAUGCGACCAUGCGUUCGGAAAUUCGAGUCGAAGAAGAAGACCUCAUUCCAUUCGACGACGAAGUGCACGUAAUGUCCCACCACGACAUCGAAGUCGAGGAUGACUCCGGGUCGAGCCAGCCGGAAGUUGAAAGCGAUGUACAGCCCAUGGCGAGAUCAAGGACAGAGUCACUGGUGUCUUCUGACUCGGCGGCGUCGUCAUCGCUAUCUUUAGCCUCGACCGGCUCUGUCAUCUACCAGCCCGAACGAAGAAGGAUAAUAUGGCAGGCCUCGUGGCCUAGGAGAACCAUUAGAGAGUCUCCCUCUAUUGAAGAAGAUCUACAAACAGCUUCGCCCGGAGUAGCGAGCUCCUCCUUUGCCAACAUAUCACCAAUAGAGUCUCACUCCAAGCCCCGAUCCGCAGGACAAAGUGGUGGUAUUACUUGUCCUCCGUCGACGUUAAACCUGAACCCGACAGAUCCGCCAGACGCAACCGGUACCACCGCCAAGCAAGCACCAGUCGCGCCGCUCGUGCUUCUCCCGUCUCCCUCGUCAUCCACAGAGUCGCUAUUCCACACCGUUCCCGAAGACACCAGCGCAGAUCCGUCCUUCCUUGCCACGCUCGACCGCUUCAGCAGCCCGUGCCGGAUUAAGUGGCUGUGUGCUCAGAGCCUGCCCUUCGCCGCGGUGCGCGGGCUGACGAACCCCUGGAACGCCGACAAGGAGGUCCACGUCGCGAGGAACGUCACCCCCAUGGAGCCUGGAGUUGCGGCCGCCUUGUUGGACUGUUGGGCGGCCGGGCCGGCACCUGGGACGGGGGAGAAGAUGGAGGUGAGGUCGUUUUCACUACAUCCACGAUAGAUGAUUAUGGGUUACGAUAGACAGGACUUUGAUAUAGGGAAACGGGAACCGUAAAGCGGCUUCCUGGAGAUAGAAUUGAUGAUGAAGACGGCGUCGGCCAUGAUGAUGACCAUGUCCCGUGCAUCUAGCACAGACACCAACUUUGGCAUUCGUUGUAUUAUUGUUCUUCUACAGGGGAAUCGAAGAUAUCACCC